AUGUCCUACCCAAAUCACUCCAGUCCCUCAUCCUUCAUCCUGACAGGCAUUCCUGGGCUGGAGGAUGCUCAGUUCUGGAUUGCCUUCCCAUUCUGCACCAUGUAUUUUAUGGCAGUGCUGGGGAACAUCACACUCCUCCUGGUGAUUAGGAUGGACCCAAACCUGCACUGGCCCAUGUUUUACUUCCUCUCCAUGCUGGCUGCUAUUGACCUCAUGCUCACCAUUUCCAUCGUGCCCAAGUUCCUGAGCAUCUUCUGGUUCCACUCCCAUGAGAUCACCUUUGAGGGCUGCGUGGCCCAGAUGUUCUUCAUCCACAGCUUCUCCAUGGCAGAAUCAGGGGUCCUGCUCACCAUGGCCUUGGACAGAUACUUGGCCAUCUGCAAGCCCCUGCACUACUCUGCCAUCCUGACUGGCUCCACCAUUGCCAAGCUGGGUCUGGCUGCUGCAGUAUGUGACAUUGUGAUCAUCAUCCCUCUGACAUGCAUGGUGACCACCCUGUCCUACUGCGGCCCCCGCGUCAUUCCCCACUCCUACUGUGAGUGCAUGUCAGUGGUGAAGCUGGCCUGUGGGGACAUCCAGCCCAACAGCAUCUAUGGGAUCACGGCUGCCACCGUCAUUGUGGGCUUGGACUCCAUCCUCAUCGCUGUCUCCUACGUGCUGAUCCUGAGGGAGGUCACAGGCCUCUCCUCCAGGGAGGCUCGUCUCAAGUCCUUUGGCACCUGUGGCACCCACAUUGGAGUCAUCCUGCUCUUCUACCUGCCCAGGCUCUUCUCCUCCUACACUCAGCACUGGGGCCAGAGCAUUCCCGUGCACCCCUGUGUCCUGGCGGCUGACCUUUACCUGCUGGUGCCUCCCAUGCUCAACCGUCUCAUCUAUGGGAUGAGGACCAGGCCCAUCCGGGAGCAGGUGCUGAGCCUGAUCUGGCAGAAAGGGAUCCAGCCUCCAGCCCAGGUCCUGACCUCAGCCCAUCGCUAA